AUGAGUUUGAGACGCCGCCCCUUGCACACCUGCGGGGUUUCAAUCCUUGCGACGGCUCACGGAGCCUACCUGAGAGCACAAGAGUUCAAUGGACCGUCUGGAUCCUUGUUCAAAAGUUUCACCAAAUUAGUUAACAAAAUCAGCCCGUUGGUAUGUGCGGUUCAGUACCAAUGCCUAUCCAUGCUCUCCUUCGUGGACAGUACCAUCCUAGCUGCCGAGGAAGUCAUCGAAAAAGUCUUCCCUACAUCGAGUUAUGUGUUUGACAAGAUUGAUGAGCUCGUCCAAUUGACGGAAGCCCUCCCGGAGAAAGUCGACGACGUCAUAAACAAAGUGCCGGGUUUUAUCCACCAAUUUCCAUUUCUGGAUUGGGUCUUGGUCCAUGUUAUAUUGUGGUUGACGUUUUGGGUCUCGAUAAUAACUCACUGGGAAUCAGGAACCGCAAGAGAGAAAGAGAUCCCGGUCGACGCAAACCGUAACGAAUGCUGCGAUAGAUCGGCGUGCUUAGCUGAUGCAAACUACCCUGCUGAUUUGGAACCGCAUUUUGACAGCAGAAAAACAGGACAAUUUUCUCCAGUGUCCGAAGCCGGAGGUGAGACAAGAAGUACAGCUGCGGAGACCCACGAAAAGGGCUCAUACAAGGAGAUAUUAGAGAAGGGAAUGAAGGAAUCAUACAAAGAGGUUCUAGAGAAGGGAAGGAAGGAAGAAGUAGAAGAAGGAAAAAAAGAUAGUUUGGAAGGUGACAACAAAUUGAUCGAUGUCAAACCUGAAGAUGAUGGGCAAAUAGGGGAGGAAUCUGCCGAUGAUCCCAUUUUGGAGUUGUUCGAGUCAGCGUGGCUAAAGAAACCGGCAAGAAGGGAAAAAGGAGGCUCUAUUGCACGAUCUAUCUCUUAUUCGUGACUCGUGACAAACGAAAAACAAGAGAUGCAGGCCUUCGUCGAAUUCUACUUACUUCAGUAUUGUAUAGGCUUAGUUGUGACAAAGGAAAAACAAGAGAUGCAGGCCUUCGUCGAAUUCUACUUACUUCAGUAUUGUAUAGGCUUAGUUGACGAAAAAAACAUACCAGUUUUCUGUUGAUAUAGAACCAUUUGGCAUUUCCGCCAGAAAUUCAUAACCAGACAAUGGGUAUUUGUAUUAA